AUGCUGACCCGGGGACGCCGCGGAACUCACUCGAGAUUCCUGCUCACAGCACGUUUCCUGCUCGGAAGCCAGGAGAGCCUCCACCUGCCACCCAGCUCUGUCCACGAGGCCACGGACGUGCCUGGGAAGGUGCUGCCCGAGAAGUCUGCUCUGAUGUGGCCGCACUUGGCCAUGCGGGCUCCCCAGAGGCCCAUGCGAGAGCGGGGGUUCCCAGGCUGUGGGCGCAGGACGGGCCAGGCACCACCCUGCAGGGCCCACCCCCCGCCCCCGCACCCUCGCACCCAUCCUCCUCUCAGCCUGACCCCAGGGCCUGGGAGUCCCCGGCAGACCGGCCCUCUGUGCCUAGCAGUGGCCGCCCUUGAUGGACUGUGCGCCUGGCAGAGCCGCUGUGGAGGAGGAGUUGGUUGUCGUGGUCGGGGGAGGCAGCCCUUGGGCUGGGUGUGUUGGUGGUCAAGGUUGAACCCAUAUCCGGUGGAAUCUCCUGGUCUGUUCCCCACACAAUCGUGCGGGAAGCUCUGGGACCCAAAGGCUGUUCUGAUCUUGGGCACAAGUUCUCACAGCAGCCUGGGGUCACCAGGGACUAGACCCAGCAUUAGGCUUUUUAGGGAGCCUGGCUGCUGGGCUGAGCUUCAUGGCAGGCCCAGGAAGAUGACCAAGGAAGGCAGAGCAGAGCCCCGUCAGCCACUCCUUGCUGGAAGAGGCUUGCUUCCUCGGUAUGGAUGGCAUCUGUUAACAAGCAGUGGUGGUUUGGCCGGAGGCCUCUGUGGGGCACAGACAUGGCGUGAAGUGGCAGACGGGUGGCAUUGGCCUGAGCAGGCGGCGCAGGCGCGCGAGAAGGGUGUGUCUGAGACAGGAUGUUUAUCCCGAAGGCCAGGAGUGGACGAGGCGGACGAGUGGCUGUGAGGUAGGCGUGUGAGGUUGGCGUGUGAGGUUGUUGCCUGGUCCGCUCCACCACCCCGGAAACCCAGCGGCCUGGGCCUAGGACCCAGGCACACAUGGAGUGAGCUCAUGCCCAGGCUGUGACCUGUCCCCGUCACGGGGCCGCUUGCUUCUCCCAGGCUUGGGAACAAGCUGGCACAGAACGUUGUGGCUGCAUUCACAGCCAUUCACCGCUCAGGCACUUCUACUGGGGGGUUCAUGAAGAAACAGACUUAAGAAGCGUUUAUUUGUUCCUAAUGGGUGGGCCGAAGUUUGGGAGGAGCAUUCAGCUUUCCAGAGCACGGCCUCGCCUGUCCUGAGCGCCCUGUGACCCUGUUGCUAGCUGCGGGUGCUGAGGUCCUCUGCUCUGGGGGCGCUGACUGCCCCUCUGCAGCCAGCUGGUCCCCGCCUCUUCUCAUCGGGAGGCGCUGGCCUGCAGGGCCUUCGUGGUUUGCCAGAGACCCUUGUUCUGUCCCUUUCCAGCACCCACCCCCAGCCCGCUGUGCGUUCCGUAGUUCAUUUUCCAGGCAGGGGACGCGUAGUGAAAAUACAGCCUGGCUUUUCUUCUUUUCAACGAUGGCAGCUGCACUUUUCCUCGCUCAUUUUGAAGGCUGAGCCGGCAACCUCCUUGGCAGUUGGGGACAGUUGCUUCCUCAGGUUCUGUGUACCGCCUGCCUCACCUGACACACAGCCUGGGCGUGAGAGAAGCCAACCAGGUGCCUGAGCUGACUGACUCCCUCCUCCCUCCAACCUCCGAUCUCUUCCCCCAUCCUCCUCCCUCCAAUCUCCUCCAUCCACCCUCCUCCCUCUGCCUUAUCUGGAAUCGGAGUCCUGGUCCUGGGCUAGAGGCAGACCCUGGCCCGGGAGAGGUUCUCAAGGCACUGCGGGAGGGCAGCGUCAUGAUGUCCUGAAGCUUGCUGCGCCCGGUGCUGUCAGCCGGCUGAAGGGAGAAACGGUCACAGCACCCACAGCUAUGGAAGGUGACGUCCGAAAAUCUGUUAGGCACCUUGAUGUCAAGUUUCCAAGACCAAAGGCAAGAAUAGUCGGACCAAACUUAGGAAAAGUCAGAGAAACUGAGCAUGACCUAGAAGAGGCAGAUGGUCCUUUCCCUCCUCUCUUGCCGAGCGUUCUGUCGCACAUACGACGUGAAAUCCACACUGUCCUGUGAAGACUGAGGGGAGGUCUUGGAUGUGCCGUCCGGGGCCACCACAGGCCCCAGGGCCUCUUUACUCCCACGGGUUCCGCUGACGAUAAAACUUCCCGGGGAAGGAGUAAAGGACAAUCAAAAACCUGAACUGAAAAAGUGUGGAAAACAUUUCAUUUCCCUCGGGUUCUCCCCACUAGGUCUGCAGUGCCUUGGGGGUGACUGAUGGCCCUCAGACUGGGUGGCCGUGUGAUUCUGAAAGUGAAAAGGAGCAGGUGUGGGUAGAGCCAGGGGCGUGGUUAGAGCCUGGAGUGUGGACACCCCGUGGACUGCUGGCCCACGGCCUGGCUUGGGGCCUCGCAGGGGAGCGAGUUGAGUGCAUGCGGGGAGGGCCCGUCAUUCUAUGAUGUGUGUCUUUUUGCUUGUUUUUGUUUUUGAGACGGACUCGCUCUGUCGCCCAGGCUGGAGUGCAGUGGUGCGAUCUCGGCUCACUGCAGCCUCUGCCUCCCGUGUUCAAGCGAUUCUCCUGCCUCAGCCUCCCAAGUAGCUGGGACUACAGGCACCUGCUACCACGCCUGGGCAAAUUUUUGUAUGUGUUUUAGUAGAGAUGGGGUUUCACCAUGUUGGUUAGGCUGGUCUCGAUCUCCUGACCUUGUGAUCACCCGCCUCGGCCUCCCAAAGUGCUGGGAUUACAGGCGUGAGCCAGUGCGCCCGGCCCUGCCCAGCUUUUCUACAUCACCACCGUUGUGUCAGUUAGCUUGGCUCAGGCAUUGCACACCUAAUCAGUAUCUUUGGGAAUCCUGUGAGCUAAUGGUUCUAGAUCCAAAAUGAUGGAUAAAGAGAAUGUUUCAAGUUCCUGAAGUUAUCCAGGCACAUUCUGUGCGCUACUGAACUUCAGAAAGCACUAGUCCAUCCAGUGUGCAGAGUUUGGUCAACGGGCCAGCCAUGGGCACACACAGGUUCACCAGAGACCCCGGGGCAGAGGGUCUCUUCCAGCUCUUCCAGGACAGGGCUCAUCUGUUCCUGGGCCAGGGGUGGAUCUGUUUUGCAGGUUCGCAAGGGUGGGGAGAUGCCAGCCUGACCUAUGGGCUGUCCAUGCCCACCCCUCACAGACCAUGCUGCCAUCCAGAGGGGAUGCCCCUUUCUCCUGGCCUCUGGGAUGCACAGCAGCAGCCAGCCCGGGACACGCUGUCCCGCCCCGCCCCGCCCUGCCCGACUGUGGAGGUUGUGUUAACGGCAGCAGCGGACGGCCCCUCAGCCUGGAUCUGCAUAGCUUCGCUCAGGGACGCCUGCCUCCGUGCGUGUCUCAUGGUGUGGACGUGUCUCCUGCUCCCAGGAGCCGGAGGGGCUGCGUGCUGGCCUCCUUCUCUCAUGCCACACAGCAGAGUGUUAUACAAGCAAAGAAUUUUGGCUAAAAUCCAAAAAACAUUACCCAGAAAAAAAGGCAAACUUCUCAUCAGAUGAAAAAGUUAAUAAACAGAAUGGCGACUCCGAUGUUGAGCAGGAUCACCAUCGCCACCAGGAUGGGAGCCGAGCCCUGGAAGACAGCGAGGGGAAAGGUGAGCGACAGCCACGGGGGCUCUGCCUGGGCCAGCACGCCUCCCACCCACGUCUCUUCACCAAACUGGCAGACCCUGGGGGGUGGAGGUGUACAGGAGGAUGUCUGAAACGGUUGGACACCAAAGGCCCACCGGAACUGAGCCCCUCCACGUCCGGACUGGGGAGGAAGCCGCUGGCCUGUAAGUCGGAGGCUGCUGGUCUUGGAAUUGCCUUGCAGCCCUGAGAUCCUGAAUACCAGCUCUCCCGGGGUCCCCUUGGAGAGAACCACCCCGGCCUCUAAGUAAACGUCUCAGCGCGUGCUGCGUUUCUCCUGCUCUGUGGAACUGGGACCAUUGUGAUGAGAACCUCAGAAGCCCCCGCAUGGCUGCCGUAGCCAGUGUCAGAUGCGGCCCAGCACAGAGGGCCCUGGGACUCAGCAGAAGCCUCCCAGUCUGUGAGCACAGCUUCCACUGGAGGGCUGUGUCCGGUUGGUCCAGUUGCAAGCUGCCUUGGACUCGGGUCACAGUCCUGAGUGCUGCUGCCACCACCUCCCUGAAGUGGCUCACGAGUCCUCAGCCUCUGCCAGAGCCCCAAGUGCCAGGCUCC